GCCCUUAGACCGCGGGCCGAGGUGCAUUUUCUUUUCAUCUCGUGCCUCAAAUUUGUAUCUAGCUGUAUUUUGGUCAACAUGUUUAAAAAUAUUUAUUACAGUCACAUCUGAAACUCGUCAGUAACAAAACUUGCACAUUUUCUGAAAAUAUCAAAAAACAAAAAACAAAUUUGAGACAAUUUUUCACUUUCUACGGUAAGAAUGACCAAUCACAAUACGUUGCUGAUAGCAUGAUGUGUGGAGUGACUGGCUUUUGGCCAAUCAUAUUCUUUGUUUUAUGCGCACGCCUAUGCGACUUUUACUGUGCACUGCGACUUUCACUGUGUACUAUGGCGACUUCUGAGUCGUUUGAUGCCAGUGAGACGGACAAUUCUGAGGCUGGUGAAUCCGCUUUCUGUUCCAUACAUGUCAUCGAUACUCAGAGCAAGAUUAUACCAUUUAGUGAUAAAAGCUAUCAAAAGUGUAAGGAGUGUGCAGCUAAGUGGGUAAUCGUGGAAGAGAGUUUAGAAAGUGAAGUUGCAGAGAAGUUGCAAGAACACGUACACGAAAGUGAAGGUGUGGGACAAGUCGGUCUUCAGUCAUCGACAACAAGCAGGGAGCACCAUACUCGGCUUCGAGGAUAUCAUGCUGAAUGUUACCGACACUUUUGCAACGUAACGACAAUCAGUAGAGCAUUGACAAGACUUCAGAAGAAGAGAGAUGCUGAGAAGACAUCUACAGAAGAUCCAGAGGAAGUGUCAGCAAGUGAGGAUGCCCCUGCACCCAAGAGACUGCUGCGGUCGAGAGUAUCCCAUGAAAAUCAACCCUCUACCAGCCAUGACUUUGAUAAGCCGCAUGUAUUGCCAGUCCAUUGCAUUAUCUGCAAAGGAGCUAAGUAUAUCCGCGAACAGUCUUCUGGUAAACGGAAGGUAGAAAAAUUAAUUCUUUGUGAAAGAAAAGAUGGGGGGCAUCUGUUAGAGGCCGCUUUAUUAAAGCAAGAUGAACAAUUGCUUUUACACAUACGUGGGAAAGAUCUUGUUGCAAUAGAAGUAAGGUACCAUAAAUCGUGCUAUUACAGGUAUACAAAAGUUGUGAAGAGAUGUAAUACUUAUAAACAGGAUACUCAGCAAACAGUAAUAUAUGAUAAGUCAUACUCUAGUUUCUGCAAAAAGGUAAUUGAGGAAAGGAUAAUGAAAAAUAAGGAGAUCCUUAGGCUGACUAAGCUGAACCAACUCUUCAUCAAGGAAGUCAGGGGAGUUGAAGGAUUAGAUGCCUCCUCCUUCAAAACCUACCGAUUGAAAGCAAUUUGAAGAAAACCUGUUGUCUCACUUCUCCAUUGCAGUAAAAUAUACAUGCACAUGUAUAUUGUGAUGACAAGAGUUUGUAGCAUUGUAACAUCAAUACGCCAAUACCUAUAUGAUAGUUAUCCUUCCAUGCAAAAACAGGGUAAAGAUAUGAAUAUACCAAUUUCUGUUCAAACACAGUUGUUUGGGACAACUAAGGUCACACUUGUAUGAUGUUGUAUUUUACUGUUCAUGUGAUUUAUAUGAAAACUUUAGAGAUUGAUGAGGCUUAAAAAUUUAUAACCACUUUGAAUAUAUAGUCAUUUACAGUAUUUGUGAGGUAAAUGUAUAUACUUCCAGCAAAAUGUUUUUGAUGCCCAAGUCUAGUAGUGGUUUAUUGACUGCACUGCACAUUCAAUUGUUUAUGGUACAUAGUCAUUUAGACAAACAUAACAUGAAUCCAUUGUUACCAUGUUUCACUCAGGUGUACAUGUACAUGUAAAUGGGUACCCAUCUAACCAGAGCAGUACAUAUUUUGUUGCUAGGUAUUACUACAUGCAGGUAAAGAGAAGUGUCAUAAAGCAUAACAAGUGCUCUAUAAACAGGAACCAAUAUUUUAUUUUGAAAAUUCCUGAUACAUGUUGAGUAAUGGUCAUUCCCUUUGUCAUUCUGGAAAGUAUUUGUUCUUCAUGUAUUUUUUUUUCAUCAUGACUUGACACUGAAAGUUGUUUCUCAAUAUGUUAAUGUAAGGGAAGAAAAUACUUGUAGAUGUCGGGAGAUAAAUGUGUUUUUUGCCUCUAUUCACUGCUAAAUAAAUACAUUGUACCAUUGUAGGUAUAGAUUUGAACUGGACAUGUAAGUAUUUUGUUCCAUUGUGAAAAAAUAUUCUAAUUGUGCACUAUCGGAGGAUUGAGAUUAAGUAGUUCACAAUUUUGUAAAUACCAUGAUUAGUAAUUGAAAUGUAUUCACGUUUAAGUUUAUGUUUUAUGCUGUACAAAUGUGGGUAUCUGGCAAUUCUUGUUUUUGUCAUCAACGUAAUGGAGGGAAAAUAUUGUUAAAAAUAUAAUUAAAUCAUCAAAUCAUCAAAGGCAAGUAGCAAGGAAGUUGAUUUAUGUCUGGUUUCCAUGCCUUGUAUGAAUCAAUGAUGGAUUUUCUCCCUCUAACAGUACACAAUGAUAUUGAACAUUUGAAAGUCAUUGUAUGAAUUAAUUCUCUGUAUUGCUAGUACAGUAGACUUAUACUUGUUCAAAAUCUGUUGGGGCAGUUUAAUAGAUUUGGUAUUAAGGAAUGAGUUUGAUCAUUGUUAUGAAAAAAACAAAAACAAAACUGCCUGGAAAUUUCCUUUAAGAGCCAGAAAAGUGUACCUCAUCAUGAAUACAAUUUAUUUUUCUUACAAUGAAUCUACUUCAUACUAUGCAUUACGUCUACUGCCCCCCCCCCACCCCAUUGUCAAAACUUCCUGUGAUUUUGCAAUGUAUUUGAGAUACAUGUAGUUAAAAGAUGAUUAAAAAUAUUGAUUGAAUAUGGAAA